AUGGAGUGGUCUGUGCCAGGUUUCUCCUACAUCCCGAAUUUCCUACCUUCUGAAGAAGAAAAAGACCUCUUUCAAAAAGCUUCAAAAGGCCGCUGGACAAAAUUGGCAAACCGAAGGCUUCAAAAAAUCGGUGGGACAGUUCCUGACGAUGGCAGGCCGAUGAUCAGAACGCCCUUUCCCGAAUAUCUUCAAAAAGUUAAGUCGAAAAUCGAAGAUUUUCUUCAACUUGAAGGUCAAAGAAAGAAGUUUCAAAUAGAAAUAGUGGAAGAAAUGAACCAUGUUCUUAUCAACGAAUAUUUACCGGGGCAGGGAAUCAUGGCGCAUACCGAUGGACCGGCUUAUUCUUCUGUGGUCGCGACGAUUUCGACCGGAUCUGGACAGAUUUUGAAUAUAAGAAAGAAGCAAAACAAGGAGCUACUGUAUUCUGUUUAUCUUGAACCUGGCGCACUGAGCAUCCUCCACGGGCGUCUCUACAACGAGCUCCAUGAAAUCGAAGAAAACCUAUCCGACGACAUCUCUUCCGUCUCCAACUUCUCCUGCCUCUCCUGCCCUCCUGAAAAUGACAACUUCAUUCUCCCCCGACAAACGCGAAUUUCAUUCACUUUCCGCAACGUCCGUUCAACUCGCUCCUUGCCCAAAUCAUUCCUCAAAUCGCUCAACCUUACUAUCACCUAA